AUGUUCGGCAUACUCGUGGCCUUAGCUGCAUCUACCAGAGCUGAGCAUCUACAAGGAUAUACCACGGACGAAGCAGAAAUCUCUGCCAAUACUGAGGUAACAGCGUGGUCUGCGGAUUUCACUCCAUUGGAGUCCUUUUUCUCCCAUGAGGUUGUCCUUGGGGAGGCGCAAAUGGCGCCACUCGUCAACCCUUCACCGAUAAGUCUGAUUCAAAGUGCCGCUGAUACACCUCGAGAAGAGGGUUCAGAAUUCGCAGCAGACGGUGGCGGACAACUACCAAGGGUGUCAGAGUCUGCUGGGGAGGGUGCUGCACAACCAGCUGGGGAUUCCUCUUCACGGCAAUCGCCGGCAACGGAAUUUGAGCAAGGUACUACGGUCCUGAGAGGAGUCACGAUAUCGGUCAGCACGUCCAUCAUUCAGGGGGCAAAGGUGGUCCAAGUUGCAGCAUUCAAACGGGGUGCCGCCGUUGCCGUCUUUAACCUUACUACGACAACAGCAGAAAAGACGAAGUUACUUCAGGACCUGUCCGCACUAGCUGCAAAUCCAGAAGCCCGGUUUGAUCUUACAUGGGAGGCCACUUCUCCCACAGCUGGAAAAUUGAAGCUGAGACUGGAAUCCAGUUACAAUGCUGCUGCUAGCAAGCCAUCGGUUACCUUUAAACUUAACUUCAAGCACGUGGUGGGUACCCGAGAGAGCGUCGACAGUGUAACUGCCACAAUUUCGAAGGAGACCCUGCUGCAAUUUAAAUCGCUCACGGAACUCAAAGACUGGCUGGCAGCAAACGCGCAUCCCCCCCUCCUCAGGCAAGGAGGGGCUUUCCAAAUAAUCCGGAUGAGGUUGGUUGGUGCGGAAAAGCAGCGGUUCGAGGUCCAAGGCGAGGAGCAGGCUCUGCAGUGGUUGCAAAAAGUCGCUGCAAGAAAAGAGCCUAUUUUGUCGGUGACUGGGGACCUGGAAAGGAACGCCACCAUUGAGAUUCCUUAUGUUGACGACCUCACUUGGCCGACUCUGCUGAAACUGAAGGGAUUGGUCGACGAGUCAGCAAAGGGACACACUUCCGUCAGUUCCUUUGCAGGGACACUACCUGGGUUAAAAACAGAAAGAUUUAGUGUGCCUACAACAUGGUUUGGGCUGUCACCCGAAGAGCAAUAUGAGCUCUGGGUAAAAGGACAGCAGCCUGGUGCUACUGGAGUCACCCCUGGCCAACUAAAUUUUUCAAGGCUUUUUGGCCCUGGGUACGCUUCUGGAGCCCCCCCAAUCCUUUUCUUUGAUCAUACUGGCCAGCCGUUCGGUGCAAAUAAGCAACCAGACAAUCUUUCCCUCUUUGGAACUCGUACGACUCCAGUGGAAAAGGUUCCCGACUACGUAGCGGGACAAUUUUCACCAGCGUUAGUGGCAAAGAUCGUUUUCCCUGGAGGAACUGCAGCUACCCACAUAAUUAGCCCAUUGCGCGAGUGGAACAAAAUAGAAAAACGCUACCCCGACUUGCGAGCGACUCUGGCUCCUAAAGAGCCUGAAAAGCACGGUGCUCUGCUGAGCUACGAAAUUCCAAUCACCAGACGAAACACAAUUGUAAUCAAGUCCCUUCUGAAGAAGGCACGUCAAACGGCGGAAUCUCCGAGUGGAUGCAACAUUAUUAACGCCAAAGGAUUAAGGUUCGAGACCAUAACUGGCGUAGCCAAUGUAAUUCAGCGUGAGCCGGAACUCAAGACGGCCAACAGACAGCAGCUUAACUUCAAGGGUUCUUCCGCCGAGUGCAGACGUCUAGGCGCCAUAUUUUCGGAGGCUCAUAGGAGAGGCGAAUCUCUUGCCCUCUAUUUUAGCGCAACGGUAGGCCUUUAA